AAAUAUUUUAGUUUAUCUCGGUGUCGGUGAAAGGCGCACUAUACCUUCCUGCAGUCGGCGGUAGUGGCACUGAGAUAUAGUGGGAAUCUCCCUUAGAAAGAAGUGACAAUGUCGAGGCACAGAGUGUGGUUUGUAAAUUGCAGGGACCGUGGUGUAGCUUGGUUGAUGUCAGGCUCUCGAACGAGAGUGAUGGCGCGGGUGCUGGGCCUGGGAGCAGGUGUGGUGGGUGUGGGAGCCGUGGCUGCUGCGUAUCUGCUCGAUGAUGAUCAGCAUACAAAGAGGCAAUUUGCGCGAGUGGCAGCAGCAGAGAGCCUCAAAGCAAGGCCUAAUCGCUCCCUCCUCACACGAGAGCAGCAGCUCAAAAACCUGGGAAGUGAGUCUUUUGAUGUCUUGGUGAUUGGUGGGGGAGCCACUGGGGCAGGAUGUGCACUGGAUGCUGUAUCAAGAGGACUGAAAACUGCCCUUGUGGAAAUGGAAGAUUUUUCAUCUGGAACAUCAUCCAGGUCAACUAAGCUGAUCCAUGGAGGUGUGAGAUAUUUGCAAAAAGCCAUCAUGGGCCUUGACAUUGAGCAGUAUAGGAUGGUCAAGGAGGCCCUGCAUGAAAGAGCAAAUCUCCUUGACAUUGCUCCCCAUCUCUCCUACCCUCUGCCCAUUAUGCUGCCAGUUUACAAGUGGUGGCAGCUCCCAUACUUCUGGGUCGGUAUCAAAAUGUAUGACUUGGUAGCAGGGAAAAAAUGUAUAAAAAGUUCCUAUGCCAUCAGCAAAGAGCGAGCUCUGGAGCUCUUCCCAAUGCUGAAGAAGGACAAGCUUGUUGGUGCUAUUGUAUAUUAUGAUGGGCAGCAUAAUGAUGCCCGUAUGAACCUCUCCAUUGCCCUAACUGCUACCAGGCUUGGUGCUACCAUUGCCAAUCACUCAAGAGUGGUGGAGCUCCUCAGAGAAAAAGGAGAGGAUGGGAAGGAGCAGCUGUGUGGUGCCAAAGUUAAGGAUGAGAUAACAGGCCGUGAAAUCACAGUGAAAGCCAAGUGUAUAAUCAAUGCCACAGGACCCUUCACUGACACCAUUCGUAAGUUGGACAACCAGGCCACAAAGGAGAUCUGUGCACCAAGUAUGGGUGUCCACAUCACCCUCCCGGACUAUUAUUCCCCAGAGCAAAUGGGGCUGCUUGACCCAAACACGUCUGAUGGCAGAGUGAUUUUCUUCUUACCCUGGGAAGGACGGACCAUUGCUGGAACGACCGACACCUCCUGUUCAGUCACACACAAGCCUGCACCAACAGAAGAUGACAUCCAGUUUAUUCUUCAAGAAGUUAAGAACUAUCUAAAUCCAGAUGUUGAGGUACGAAGAGGCGAUGUGCUUUCGGCAUGGGCUGGCAUCAGGCCGCUUGUACAAGACCCCAACAAGGCAGACACUCAGAGUAUUGCACGUAAUCAUAUUGUCCAUGUCAGUGAUUCAGGACUCGUAACGAUUGCAGGAGGAAAAUGGACAACUUACCGUUCUAUGGCAACAGAGACCCUUGAUGCUGCUAUCCAGAGUAGUAGCCUCUCUCCUGUCCACCAGGAAUCUCAGACAGAUGGCCUCCUUCUGGAAGGUGCCCACAGUUGGACACCCACCAUGUUCAUCAGGCUUGUGCAAGACUUUGGCCUUGAGUCUGAGGUGGCGAAGCACCUUGCCCACACUUAUGGAGAUCGAGCUUUCAGUGUUGCUAAGCUGGCAUCACUCACUGGAAAACGGUGGCCAAUUGUCGGACGAAGAUUGCACAGUGAGUUCCCAUACAUUGAUGCAGAGGUGAAAUACGCAUGUAGGGAAUAUGCGGCUACUGCAGUUGACAUCAUUGCCAGAAGGUUACGUCUAGCUUUCCUCAAUGCCCAGGCAGCAGAAGAGGCUCUGCCAACCAUCGUUAAUAUAAUGGCUGAGGAACUGAAGUGGUCUGAGAAAGAAAAAAAGAAUCAGUUAGCUGCAGCUGUUAAGUUCCUUCAGCAAGAAAUGGGUCAGAAUGUGAACAGAGCAUCACGUGAAAAAAUUCCAAUCAACCUCUCCAAAAGUGAAAUCAGCGACUAUGUAAAGCGCUUCAAUUCCCUGGAUACUGACAAGAAAGGCUAUAUCUCGCUCAAUGAUCUGAGGAUGUCCCUGAAGAAUGAUGGAGAGAGGAUUAAUCUAGACAAGCUACACGAAAUCUUGAAUGAGGUAGAUGUCCACAAGCACGGGCAAGUCGAGUUCCCAGAUUACGUACAGGCGAGAGGUCAAGAUGUUCCUGGUGAAACUCUCCAUGAGAUUCUGAAGGAGAUCGAUCUUAAUCUUAAUGGGCAGGUGGAAUUAGAUGAAUACCUACAGAUGAUGGCUGCUAUUAAGGCUGGCUCCAUCUCUCACUCAAGAUUUGCGCAGCUGGCUGAAAUGGCUGAGGAAGACCAACGCAAGAAAAUCACAGUGGAACGCAGUGGUGGUGGGGUUUAGCAGUAGACCUGAGCUAGGCAGAUUUCAAUACAUUAGAGGUCCAUUAUCCCAGGUGAUGGGAGGGAGAAGCUUGUGCAAUUGGGAACAUGGAUGACCUGUACCAUGUAACUAGAGCUAAGCAGUCUGGCCAUUAGAAUAAGGUCUGUGCAGUUAAUGAAAACUGCAAUAGAUUCUCACUGGAGAGAAGCGUGUGUUGUACUGCACUUCUCGUCACUGUAAUGGGUGAGACAUUAAAUGGAAUUGAAAUUAUGAAAUUGAUUUGAUGGCACAAUCUAAGUAGUGGUUUGACUCUUUAAUUUGAAUUAAAAUGUGACUCUGGUUCCCUAAGUAACUGGGUCACACUUUUAAAGAAUUACAUAUGUUUCCAUGAUAUCAAUUAUAUAUUUGAUAGAUAUUAGUGAAAUAUAGUGUUAAAGGCUCAAUAUAUGUACCCAGUUUUGAUGUGUAGAUUAAAAAAGGCAUAAACUGAUGCAUGGUUUUAAAGCUGGUCUUGACCCUGUGGUGAAAAAAAUGCUAAUAUGCCAAAACUUCAUAUUUUUCUUCAAAAGAAAGUUUUAAAAAAAUCUUCAUUUUCACUGUAGUGUUAAUUGGCAAUAUUUUUUGUAAGAUUUGCAGAGUGCUUUACUGAUGUUUAAUGGACCAAUAAGAGUCCCACCUUACACAUUUCAAAGAUGCAAUUGCAAUCUCUCUCUCUCUCUAUCUAUCUAUCUAUCUAUCUAUCUAUCUAUCUAUCUAUCUAUCUAUCUAUCUAUCUAUCUAUCUAUCUAUCUAUCUAUCUAUCUAUCUAUCUAU